AUGAAGCUUGAAGCGAUUCCUGGUUUCCCCCAAGAUGGGGACUUAGAAUUUGUGCUGGCCACAGAGAAGGAAUUCGAAGAAGUUGUGUCUAUGUCUCAUGGUAUAUAUGGAGGAUUGGAUUAUCUGCCCAGCAGAUAUCACAGCUGGGUGAACGAGAAGGACCGGAUGGUGAUACUGGCCAAGAAAGAAGGAGAUGUUAUUGGCCUCCUUUCUAUGUUUGUGGUGGAUGGAGGGGAAACAGCUCUUCUAGAGGGGCUCCGUGUGGCACCCUGGGAGAGAGGCAGAGGAAUAGCUGGAGUGCUCCAAAGAUUUGGUUGCCAGCUGGUGAAACAUCGAUACCCAAGUGUCAAAGUAAUGAGGUUGACCAGGGAUGACAAGCUGACUCCAAAGGAGCUCAACAAAUACAAAGUCAUAGCGAAACAGGGCAUACUGCUUGUUCGUUUUAAUGCACCUGAACUCUCCUCCCGAUUAUCUUCCAUUCCACUACCCCCUGGGCCAUCACGUCCUCCUCCACCUAUCCUUUUGUCUCCCGAAGAGGUCCAAGGAGUCUUCCUGGAGCGUGGGGGCCUACUGAAGGAUCUUCUGCCCAAUCAAACAGUCAUACAGGACUGGCAGCCCUUCCAAGCCUUGCCUGGCAAUCAUGAUCUGCUUCGCCGCAAAUCUAUUCGCUGGAUGGCAGAUGACAGCGUUCGGCCAAGGGUGGCUUCUCUCUGCACUGCACCAUUCCCUGUCCCGGCAGGGCCUCUCUGCUACUACCUCAAUAUUGAUGUCUUUGGCUCUGGUUUGAGGGGGGCACAAGAGCAGUUGUUGUCUCACCUAGCUGCACACGUACCAUUGUUACCAGCAGAUGUAAAAUGCCAGCUGUUCCUUCCGCCUAGCAUGUGGAGGCCAAUGGCUGAUUUUUGCACUAAUGUAUUAGGUUUUCAACUGGAAAAAGGGUACACAGAGCAAUAUCUCCUAGAAACAGAUAUAUAG